UACGAGACGGUACAUGAGAAAUUAUAAUGACGUCUGUCAAAAGGGGUCAAUUCAAUGUCAGUACAGAACUAACCACAAGCGCUAACGGUAUAUGAACCUUUAAGUUUACAUCUAUAAUGUAGUGUAAUAAUAAAUGAGUGGAAAUAUAGUUCAUUUUCAAUAUAUAUAAAUAUGUUUCAUUAGUGCCUUAACAUAUUUUGGUCCUUCGAUGGGCCGUUAGUGCUGAUAAACUGUGACUACGAACUAUGUGCGUGGACACGGUGUGGUGCAAAGGUCAGCGGCCGACUCCAUAUCGUCGGUGUUGUGCAGUGCGCAAAUUUGCUGAACUGAUGUGAGGUGUUCUGUGCUCGGAUUUUUAUUUGCAAGUUGCAAAUCAAGGACCUACAGUGAAAAACGCAGUGCGUGUCUGUAGAAGCUUAUUGGCGUGGCAAGUUGUCACCAGCGUUUCCCGGGUGCAGUGCUCGCCGGGACGCAAUACCGAAUGCGAGUUUCGGCGUCUGUUCGUUGAGCAGAGGUUUUUUUUCAAAUACGCAAGUUGCGUAUACCCCGCGUGCAGUGCUCGUGUGGACACAAUUUUAUGUCUCGAAGUUCGGGCAUUUCCAGAGUUCAGUGAAGUUUUGUUGCUUUGCGCAAGUUGUGCUAGCUGUUAAUUACAAGCCCGUGUGCAGUGCAAACGAGGUUAUAUUGACAUUUAUUUCGAGCUUUAAUGGCCCCUAUAGUGGUCAAUCUUCAGUGUAAUUACGCUAUUAAAUAUUAAAGACAAUUCCGUUCUAACAGUCAGUGACUGUGUGUGAAUUAAUAUCAUAAAUCAUAAUUUGCAUAUUUGCUUCAGUUGCAUAUUAGUGUGCUAUACUAUAUACAGCCAUUUUCCCGUUGGGUACCUCUUAAGGAACAUUUGACUAUUUGGUUCAUUCAUUGCCAAUUAAAAUUCGUUCAUUUCCGUGCAUCUAUUUCCGAUAGAAAUAGGACCAAUAGUUGUCGACUUUGUACAACUUCACUCAAUUGCGUUUCGGUUGUACAAAGUUAUUUACGCAGUAAGUUCAAUACGCACGAGUUAAUUGCAACGGGAAGAGUUCGCUUGGAUUGCAUAUCUUGCAAGAACGAAACGUCGUCGGACAUCGAGUUCUACGUCAAGCUUCGGGUCGCAGCCGCGUGCGCCUAUUGGCCGUGCGCAGCGCGCUUCAUCCCGCUCCGUUCCAAUAGCAACAUAGCAAUCUUUCGUUCGUGCAUCAUUCACUCAUCGGACGCCAUUAAUUAUAACAAAGCUGUGUACUUUUAAUUUGCUUUGCUUAUUAUCCUUUUACUUUCGCCAUAUUGUUUGUGCAAAAGUGUUUUCGGCUUCCUUUACCCCUUUGCAAGUGUUGUUUUUUGCAUUAAUAAUAGCGAAAAUUAACCGCGUGAUAGCGCUCACGUUGUUUAUAAUUAAGUGUGCAUUGCAAGUUGCAAAUUGUAUACGGCACUGUGUGCGAGGCCUUGCCAGUUUUAUAUAUUAUAUAUACGCUUUGGGCGUAAACAACAAGCGGUUUCGUGUGUAUGCAUCGAGGUGUUGUCAAGUCAUCAUGACUGACGACGAUCUCAAGAGGCUACGGGCGGCCAGGGGACAAUUAAAGGCGGCUCUCACAAGAAUGAUGGCCUUUAAGGCGGCGGCGGAAGCUGCUCCUAAUAGUGACGCGGACCCAUUGCUCUUUAGACAAAAAAAGGAUAGGCUAGAUAAAAUCUUUGAAGAGUAUAAGGAGCUCAAUCUUGAAAUCUCGCUGCUGGACCCGGCUGAUGCCGAGCGUAUCGAAGAUUUCGAAGAAAAGUACGAUGUACUUCAAUCCUUUUAUGCGGGCAUAAUAAAUGCAGCGUUGGGUGAAUCUACCCAGAUCGCAUCGACGCAGCGAUCCUUCACAUCCCCCGUGGGCUGUAACGCGUCGCCAUUCAGGCUGCCACCUAUAAAUUUGAAGGUGUUUAGUGGUGAGGUAGGUGAUUAUCAAAAUUUUAUCUCGCUAUUUAACAGUGUCAUUGAUGCUGAUGUAAAAUUAAAGGCCUGUGAAAAGCUAUAUUAUUUAAAAACUUAUUUGAGUGGAGAGGCCUUGGCGCUAGUUAACUAUUUACCCCUCACGGCCGACUCUUACCCCAUUGCCAUUGAUCUUUUGAAACAAAGGUAUGACAAUAAAAAACAGUUAGUUAAUCAUCAUGUAAUUUCCAUUUUGGACUUGCCGCCUAUGCAAAGAGCAUCUGCAGGAUGCAUAAGAAACUUAGUUUCGGUAACUAGGCAGCACCUAGGUGCACUAACCAAUUUAAAUGCCCCGGUUUCUCAGUGGGAUUUAGUGAUAAUUGCAAUUUUGCAGAGGAAACUUGACCAAUAUACUUUGAGGGCUUACCAUUUAGAAAAUCAAAGCAACAAUGAUUUGCCAAAGCUCAAUGAUUUUUUAACCUUUCUAGAGCAACGAGCUGCUGCCUUGGAGACACUGGGAGAGCGCACGCCUACUGGGCGACGCUCUAGUUUAAGUUCAACAUUAAGUAAUGUCAAGGUGGUUAAGCCGCUGAAGUCUAAAUGUAAGUACUGUCAAUCUAUUGUUCACAAGCUGCACCAGUGCUCAACUUUCAAAUUAAUGGAGCCUCAUAAGAGAAAACAAUUUGUGGUGUCUAACAAAUUAUGUAGCAUUUGUUUAAAUGAACAUGUUGGUCAAAAAUGCAUCUACUCUUUUAAGUGUGCUAUUUGCAAGGGCAAGCAUAAUACUUUAUUGCAUGAGGAAGUUCCUCAACAGUGUGCGACUGUGUCGCAAAUGGAAACAACUGAAAAUCCUAUUUCUGGGUACACUAGUUUAUUAUUAAGUAGGAGAGGUAAUGACCUUUUACCUAUGAUUGUUCGUUGUCUUCUAGACACAGGUAGUCAGAUUACCUUUUUGCGUUCUGAUGUAGCAGAGCAGUUAGGAUGUGAAUUAUACCCUGAUGAUUCGGUACUCUCAGGGGUGUGCGAUGCUCCCAGCUUUAAAGCCAGGCAGACUUCAUUGAAGGUUCAUUCCAUGGUAACGGAGUAUAGUGUCACAGUGACCUGCAAUGUUGUUAAAAAUAUAACGGCUAAUAUGCCACAGUUCUCUCUCAGGAAUGAAGUAAUAAACAUACCGCUCAAUGUCCAAUUAGCUGAUGAUAGUUUUGAUAUUUCUUCAAGAAUUGAUAUACUAUUAGCAUCCCACGUAUUCUUUCAGGCACUUUUACCGGAGCAGCUGCCUGCCUUGCCUAGCAAGCUGGUCUUGCAAAAUACACGCUUCGGGUUUAUUGUAGCUGGCCUGGCCGGUUGCUCCAAUGUAGCCCCGGCAACAAACUUAGCUUCAAAUUUUUGCUGUCAACAGCUGACACAGAAUAAUGACAUAAGUAAAUUAGAUAAUAUUGUAUCCCAAUUUUGGUUAACUGAGAAAGUUCCAGAAACAUAUACAGAGGCCAGCUCUGAACAAGAGUUAGCUGAAACAAUAUUUCAGGAGACUGUAGUCUUAAAGGAUAAUAAAUUUGAGGUGGCAUUGCCACUCAAACAGAAUAUUAAUGAUCUGUAUUUGGGUGAUUCACUGUCAUGUGCUUUAAAACGAUUCUUAAAUUUAGAAUUGCGGUUUAAGAAAGAUAAUGACUUGUAUUUAAAAUAUAAAUCUUUCAUAGAUGAGUAUGUGCGUUUGGGCCAUGCAAAGUAUGUCGACAUUUCGGAGUAUAACUUGGAAGGGGAAGCAGUAUAUCUUCUUGCCCACCACCCUGUUUUCAACCCCUCUAGUAGAACUUCAUCCCUGAGGGUAGUCUUUGAUGGAUCAAUGCCUACUUUGGCUAAAAUUUCGCUGAAUGACGUUUUAUUAAAUGGGCCUGUUGUACAGAAUGAUCUGUUUAGUAUUUUGGUCUUGUUUCGACUAUAUAAGUUCAUUUUGAACUGCGAUAUACAAAAAAUGUUUAGAGCUAUUUCAUUAGCUCCAGAGCAUAGGCCUUUGCAAAACAUUUUAUGGCGUAAAGAUAAGAAUGCAGAUAUACAAUGCCUUCAGCUGCAGACUGUAACUUACGGUCUAAAAAGUUCGUCAUUUCUAGCCACUAGGUGCCUAUUAGAGUUAGUGAAUAGAUACAAAAACGACUAUCCCCUGGCCGCAGAAGCCUUGUUAUAUAAUACGUACGUUGACGAUAUCAACCUGGUUGCUAAUGAUAUGAACCAAAUUUUGUCAGCCAAGACACAAUUGAUAGCCUUACUAAAGUUAGGUGGCUUUGAACUGCACAAGUGGUGCUCAAAUGUAGAUGAUUUAUUGGAUGAUAUCCCACUUAGCUCACAAACUAAGGCAGUAGUAGACUUUUCCAAUGAAAAGGACCCAAUUGUGAAAACUUUAGGUAUCCAAUGUGACUUGGCUUCGGACACUAUUAUAAUGGUUGCCCCUAAACAGGAGGUUUGUGACAAUUACACAAAAGGAGGUUUAUUGUCCUUUGUCAGCAGACUUUUCGAUCCUUUAGGCUUAGUCGGGCCUGCCAUAGUCAAUGCUAAACUGCUUUUACAGCAGACCUGGUUGGAAAAGCUCCAGUGGAACUCUCCGCUGCCAGACCACUUAAAUCAAGGGAUCAAAAGGUUUGCGACUAGUUUGAAUAAGAUGAAAAGCAUUAUUGUCAAAAGAAAUUUAGACACAUCCAAUGCUAAAACUAUAGAUAUAAUUGGUUAUGCUGAUGCUAGUGCAAAGGCUCAUGGAUGUUGUUUAUACCUCAGAAUUGUAAAUUUAGAUGAUAGUGUUAGCGUUGGCCUGUUGUGUUCUAAGUCGAGAGUGAAUCCGAUACAGCAAUUGAGUAUUCCGAGAGCAGAGCUUAAUGCAGCUUUGCUUCUGGCCAAGUUAGUUAAAAAGGUCUAUGACCUCAUCAAAGAUAGAUUUGAGGUUAAAGUUUACCUGUUCCUAGAUUCUCAAGUUGUGUUGUGUUGGCUCGCGACAAGCCCAUUAAAACUCAAUGUCUAUGUUGCCAAUAGGGUAAAAUGUAUACAGGAGACGACUCAGGGGUUCUCUUGGUAUUAUGUGCCAACAGAACAGAAUCCAGCUGACCUUUUGUCAAGGGGCAUUGACCCACAUUUAUUGCAAGGUAAUGACUUAUGGUUCUAUGGACCUGCAUCCUUAAAAACAGCUGAUUUUCUGCCCAAAAGUGGAUAUGAAAUGCCAGGAGAAAUUCCUGAAUUAAAGAUUUCACAUGUAAUUGAAAAGAGUGAGCCCUUGCCUCUGUUCAUAGAUUGUUCAAAUAUAGAUAAGAUUAAACGGAUUGUAUCCUAUAUGUAUAGAUUUGUCAAUAACUGUAAGGUCAAAUCAGAAGAUAGACUGUCAGGGAAUCUAAUGCCUGAAGAAUUGGAUCUUGCUUUAAAAAUUGUUCUAAGAUGUGUGCAGGUACAGUACUUUGCACAAGAAAUAAAGGCUUUAAAUUUAAAGUUGCCUAUAAAGUCAAACCUUCAGGCGUUGAACCCGUUUCUUGAUAAUAUGCACCUAAUGCGUGUAGGUGGUCGGUUGCAACAUGCUGACGUGCCUUAUGCCACUAAACAUCCCAUAAUAUUGCCAAAGGGCUGUAAGCUUGUGCAUUACUUAAUAGAAAAAGAGCAUAGGGUUCUAUUGCAUGCUGGAGCCAAGCUUGUCUUGUCAGAUUUAAGUUUAAGGUACCAUAUCAUUAACGGUAUAAGAGAAGUUAAAUGAGUUAUAAAUAAGUGUAUCAUUUGUUUUAAGUUAAAAGCAAAGGGUCUGUCAUAAGAACAAGCAUAUAUAAAGUGUGUGUUCUACCAAUAGAUAGUUAAGUUCAAUAACAACUAGUUUAUAUAAACCUUUUUGUGGUUGGGAAUAUGUACGAGACGGUACAUGAGAAAUUAUAAUGACGUCUGUCAAAAGGGGUCAAUUCAAUGUCAGUACAGAACUAACCACAAGCGCUAACGGUAUAUGAACCUUUAAGUUUACAUCUAUAAUGUAGUGUAAUAAUAAAUGAGUGGAAAUAUAGUUCAUUUUCAAUAUAUAUAAA